UCGAAUCCGUGUAUCAUUCGUUCUUUCUGUUUUCAAUUGUCAAUCAAAAAUCAAAAAAUGAAAAAGUGACGGAUUAUUUUGUUUUUUGUUUUUUAAUCUAACACAAAAAACGAAAAAAUGCCUGGUUUUUCAUAUUUCAAUUUUAGACUCAGAUCAAAAAUACUAAAUGGAAAAACGGACCACAGGACUGAAUUUGAUUUUAAUAUUUAAUUGGUCGGGUUUACGUGACCCGGAAGUUUUUGAGCGUUAGCAAACAUUGCUAGCCGCAACGAUCUAUCGAUCUGACCAGCAGCCAGGAGCCAUCAGCCCUAUCAGCCAUGGAGAGUUAUGUGUUGUUUCGGGGAGCGAAGCGUGUCAUCCUAAAGGAGGAGGACAUGACUACUGAAAAAAUAAGCAGGAUUUUCCAGGUUCAAAACUCCAGUCUGUACAUGAUAACAAUGUGGCCAUAUUCCCUGGAAAUGAGGGUCAAUUCAGAACUGUUGACCUUGCAGUAAGGGGACAUUAUGAAGUGCAUGGAGAGAGCGACGAUGUGGGGGAGCAAGCCAGUGUGCCUGGACCAUUCCCUACCCGCUUCUCCUUCCGCCGACCAGCAAGUGCUGCUGCGGGCUCAGCUCAUGGCUCAGCUUCAACUGCAACAGCAAGGUCCUCCCCAAGAGCACCCAUGGCUAAGACAUUUCAAAGGACCAUCUUCAUUGCUGAUCUUGUGCAUGGCAGAUUGGAAACAAGCAAAACCCUGACAGUUCGAUUCUCGGAAUUUGAGGCUUCUGUCAUGGGCAUCACAAGUAAAGUAAAUGAUGCCCUUGAACAAGAGGACUCGGCCAUCCUUACCGAUGGUCAGGGAAACCAGAUCUUGGACACAGAGGGAACCAGAGGAUCAGCGUUUUGGAAGCAAAAUGCAAGGAAAGUUUGUGCUGUGAAGGAAGGAGAUUUGCAGCAGUUACAAGGAAGCAAAAAGAGGAGACUGAGUCGGCGAGAUGAUAAUGGUCUAGAUGCAGUGUUUGAUACAAUUGAAGAGGUGGUCCUGGCAGCACAGGGUCUUCGGGAGGUGUCAACUACAAUCAAGGAGCUGACAAACCUGGCAAGUUCCAACCGAAGAACAACAGUGUCCUUGACAGAGGCUGAAGCAGCUGCUGUGAAAGAUGCCUUCACAUGUAUUGUCUGCAAGGGUCCAGUGGUUGAGCCCAUGGUUUCAUCGUGUUGCCAUAGCGUUGUUGGCUGCAGGACCUGCAUCGAAGAAUGGCAGCAAAAAUCUGCAAUUUGCCCAAAAUGCAGAGCGGGUGAUUUUGACAUCAAUACACAAAAACUCACCGGACUGUCCGAUGCAUUGGCUGUACUGGAAAACAUACUGUGCUAGUAAAACUGUACAGUAUGCAGUUGUGCUCAUGCUGUUCGUCAUUGUUCAGUUUUUUCCACUUGAAUAAUGUUUUUUGCAUUCAAAGCACUUUUGACUUUUAAAAAUGUUUGUGCAUCUUCAUAGUGUUAUUUUAUUUUGGCAAAAUCAUCUUUCAGUGUUGAGCCAAAGUACCUCAUAUUUGCACUAUUUUAUAUUGUAUAUUUUCUUACUGUUUUCCAAAUGGAAACACUGGAAAUUAGGACUCAGUUAUGUUGCUAUGCUGUUGUUUGUGUUCCGGCUGAGUUUCAAGCUCAACUUUGAACUAAUUCAAAGUCAACAUAA